AUGGUUGCUACUGACGAGCGAACUCGGACAACUAGCUGGGGCGCACAGUAUUAUGCAGAGCAAAAGCGACAAAGCAGCUCGCGCAACUGGCGAUCGAUCCUCCAUCCUUCGGUGUUACUAGCCGUAUGUGGAGUUGUUGGACGCUGCGUCAUCGCGCCGUUGGUGGUGCUCGUUGUUUGUAUCACUACCGGCUACUUCACCAGCGCCACAUUCUUCAUUGACGCCAAACACAGCUACUUCGCCUACAGCCAAUUGGAUCCAAUCAUGCGAGGUGGUUGCCACGAUUGCCUCUCUUCUUGUCGAAAGGUGUUCAUCCAGCUCAGCGUUUUCGGAAGUGACGCUAUAAUCAGUAUGCCGGUUUACGAGAACUCUCAAGUAGUGGCAAACGCUGAUGCAGCGGCCGGAGACUAUAGCAAGUUAACCCCCGAAGAAAUAGCGCUCGCAGAUAAGCUGGAUAAUGAUGGAGCCGUCUGUUCUGUCGCUAUUGGGGCUGUGAACGACUGGGGGACUCCAAACGUUGCGAUUGGUAGCACUGCUGAAGGGAUAUUAAGCGUAGUUAACACGCUGAAUUUGUCAUUAGCACCACAGAUGAAACGUGAACUGGAGGUGGCUGUUGAUCAAAAGGAGCAGUGUGAAUCGCGUUGGAAUCUCGGUGUGGUGUUACGUCUCCACAGAUUCCAGACGGUCAAAAACAGUGCAGAUUAUUCCUCCAUCUCAGUUGCCGACUUCAACACGUAUCCGGAUUAUGCUGACUGUCGUCCAGAUAUUCCGAACCAGGGGGUUGUAGGCAUGAAACUAGCCUUUGCAACUAACGGAGAAGACCUCCUAUCAGUGGUUCCAGAUCGACUUAAGCAGUUUCCGUACGAGAUCGAGAGCAGUAGUCUACCUACAAUUUCGCGAUACAUUAAGACGGUACCAACAAUUCACGGAUUGACGACGGUCACGCAGCCUCUACUGCGAUCAUAUUUCUCCGGUUGUCGAGUUCGUGUCGUGAAUACUACUGGAGUCGAAUCGACCAAGCCAAGUACAAGUCGCCGCUAUACUAUGGCGCCCAAGAUCCUCGCGUUUCUAGCGACGCUGCUAUUGUGCUGCGUCGUCUCAGCCACGGGCCAAGACGCGGCCCCUGUCGCCAUCAAGGCGCACGCCAGCCACAUCCUCGUGGACACGGAGGCCGAGGCCGACGACCUGAGUGUGCAGCUGGGCGAGGCCUCUAACCUCUUCCUUAAGUUUGCGCAACUCGCCAAGGAGCACAGCAAAUGCCCAUCCAGUCGCAAGGGCGGUGACUUGGGUACGUUUGACCGCGGCCAGAUGGUGCCGGAGUUCGACAAGGUUGCCUUUGAGGGCGAGAUCGGCAUUGUGCACAAGGUUAAGACCCAGUUUGGCUGGCAUCUUGUGCUUAUCUCCCGUCGUCUGGACGGCACGGAGGAGCCGGACAAGUACCGCGAUCUCAAGCAGAUGCUGCUUAAGAUCAUGCCCUUCCUUGGCCCCAUUAUCCUCAUCUUUAUCAUGGCUCUUGGAGCCCGUGGCAGCAAGGGCGGACCUCGUGCCCACGCGUACCAUAUCCUGGUGAAAUCUGAGGAAGAGGCUGAUAAAUUGUUCAAGGAGAUCGACGCUGCAGAGGACAAAAAGACCAUAUUGUCGGAAUUGGCAGGAAAGCACAGCACUUGUCCCUCGGGCAAGAAGGGGGGAGACCUGGGCAUGUUUGGACGUGGCGAGAUGGUGCCGCAGUUUGACAAGGUGGUGUUCGAAGGAGAAGUGGGCAAGCUCGCCAAGGUGCAGACUCAAUUCGGGUGGCAUGUACUGCUCUGCACGGAGCGUCUAGGAGACAAGAAGUCCAAGUAA